ACCAAAACUCUAACAGCAACAUGCCAUUGCACGUCCUCAACCCUUUCGUUCGCUGUUCCUACGUCCUCGUUCCCUCUCGUCACACAUUUUUGCAAUUGCAGCAUCUGCCGAUAUACCCAUGGCACAUUAGCGAGCAUCCACACGAGCAUACCAGAUCCCCCUACUAUCACCAAUCCUGACACCUUCACAACCUACAAAUCAAGUAAGAAGGUGACGAGAUGGUUCUGCAAGACAUGUGGAGCGCAUCUUGUAGACUGUGCAGUGAGUAGUAAGGGGGUAGAAAGUUGGUGUGUUGCUACCUCUCUCGUCGGCGGUGUGGAGGGAAGUAGAGAAGAGUUGUGGGAAUUCAAGAGGCAUAUCUUUGUCGGCGAUACCGAGGAUGGAGGCCUGGCGAAUUGGAUUUUUGAGUAUGAUGGAAAGAAACUUGAGAAGUGGAUUGGCAGGGAUGCAACAGUUAGAACUGAGGAGAACAAGCAUGGGGACUGGGUUCAUCAUGACGUAGGAAACAAGGAAAAGAAGGAAAAAUCGAAUGUAGCUGAAGACAAGCUGAAAGCCUCGUGCCAUUGUGGGGGAGUCGAGUUCUACAUUUCCAGGCCUGGAGGAGACAAGGCAUUUGACAGCCUCCCUUCGUCACUCACACCGAAAGAUAGGGAUAAGUGGUACGCUUCAAACGACGUGUGCGACUCCUGUCGACUCGUAUCUUCCUCCAUGGUCGUAUCGUGGGUAUUUCCGGAUACAUCGCAUAUUUCGCUACCAGAUGGUUCGCCAUGGCGUUUUGAGUUUGGUACCGCAAAGACCUACAAGACCAGUGAGGAUGUGACGAGAAGCUUCUGCGGUACGUGUGGGGCAUUGGUAUGUUACUCUACAGCCGACAGGCCGGAUAUGAUCGAUAUUGGGGUCGGUCUCCUUCGUGGGAAAAGCGUAUUGUGUGAGGAUUGGCUGGAAUGGAGAACAAAUAAACUUUCCUGGGAAGAGGACUGCAAAUGGCCGGGAUUUUCAGAGUCCUUGAAGAAGGGGUUGAAACAAUGGGGUGAA